AUAUUUACAAUUGCAACAAUAUAUUUAUAAAAUUUUUGCUUCGAACAAUUUACAUCAUGACGUUAUAUAUUUCACUGCAUUCCACGUAAGAUUGUUUCACAUUUCUUAUUCCUUGAUUUCUAUUACAAUUCUCUUUGAACAUUUUAACACCUCAGAACUUCAGAAAAAAACAUAGGAGAAACGAUGUCUCAAAUAUAUGUGAACGACGACAAUAGGAAUACUGGUUACAAAAAAAUAGAAAAGGGGAAAUAAAAGAAAUGUAUGCAAGAAAGUAUAAAGAAGAAUGAUAAUACCAAAGUUGUAAUUUUCUCGAAAUCAAUAUUUAUCGUGAAGAAUCUCUUUGCAAUGAGUGCAAAGAACAAAAUCGAUCGAUUGCAGUUUACUGUAACUUUCGCGUAUUAUAGUUGAUUAUUAUAAACAGAUGACACCAUGAAAAUUCAAGAUAAAAAAAUAAUAAUGUGAGUAAUACAUGGAACCGAGGUAUAGUCGAAUAAUUCCUCGAAUUUUACAAGAUAGUCGACAUCUGACCAGAAUGAUGGAUGUGUUCGAUAAACAGUAUCGUAUUUUUCGUAUUGUAUUGAAAAUUGUAGGAUUGUGGCCAUACGAUAACUCAUUCUAUGUAUGGAUUCAGAGGUUAUGGUUAAUUAACCUCCUUCUUCUAAAUAUAAUAUUUCAGGUUAUGUCACUUUUAAGAUCUGAAAUUACAUUAGAAAACAGUAUUUUAAUAUUAUCUACAAUCUGCCCAUUUACGUUAUUUCUUUUACGAUAUGUCGGUUUUAUAGUCUUUUUUCCUACAAUCAAAAUUGUAUUCGAUCAUAUACGUACAGAGGAAAGUAUAGUUCGAGAUUCAAUAGAAUCGCAAAUACGAAUGAAAUUGAUCGAUGAUUCAUGUCAUAUAAUCAACAUUUUUUUAUGGAUGACUUACACGACUAUUACAUUUUAUAGUGCAUGCUUAUUUUAUCCUGCAAUAUUAGAUCUUAUAAUACCUUUGAACGAAUCUCAUAUUCCUUACUUUACAACAUUUUCUCACGAUCAAACUAUAUAUCUUGAUAUUCUAUGCUUCGAUGUAACAUUUAUUACUACAUUUGGAUUGUUAUCUAUAACAUGUUCGGAAUCGAUAACCGGAAUUUGUACUUAUUAUAUAUGCAUGCUGUUGAAAAUUCUUAAUUAUCGAAUUCAAAAAAUUGUUACGUAUUUGGCUACGUUUAAGCUCUCAUCCGAACAAAUUGACUCGAAACUCGUAGAGCUGUAUCGCGUAGUGGAUAUUCACAAUCAAGCUAUCGAAUUUAUCAAUUUCACGGUAAGUACUGCAGGGAUGCAUUAUAUAAUAGCUAAUCUGCUAGUCGUGAUCUCAUUGGCUAUAAAUUUGCAUCGACUAGUAAAUACAAUUUUAAUUAAGAAGAACCAAUUAGAAAUGUUAUUCUGUUUCACACUUGUUGCUAUUCACUUGGUGAUUAUAUUCGUCAAUAAUUAUACUGGUCAAAUACUUAUGAACAGUAGUCAAGAAUUGUUCGAUGAAUUAUAUAAUUCGAUGUGGUAUUCCAUGCCACUGAAAGCGCAAAAAAUCUUAUUGAUGAUCAUUUUACAAAGUUCAACGACAUAUGGAUUCAACAUCUUAGAUUUGUUCAUCCCGUGCCACUCAGGAUUUUCAACGGUAAAUUCUUUUUUUAAAUAACAACAUCACAUUUCAAUUCGAUUCAAAAAUUGAUGUAUAAAAAAUUACGGAAAAUUUUAGAUGUUAAGUUCGUCGUUUUCGUACUUCACCCUGAUAUACUCGAUACAAUAAAAACUAUGGCUUCAUAUUAGAAUAUUGUGUUAAUAUCAGAAAUAAACAAUUAUUAUUGAUAUAUGCUUGAU